ACCUAUCAAGCUAGUCGGAGCAAGCGCACAGAAGUUAAUGGUUCGGGUGGACUAAUAUUCGCGGGGCCUAGUGUGUGUGUGUGUGUGAGAGAGAGAGAGUGUGUGUGUGUGAGAAAGAGAGAGAGCGAGCGAGGCGCGGGGCUUUCGCUGCUGGUAGCUGAAGUCAAACUUUACAUCAGAAAAAUUCAAACACAAUAUAUAAUAAUACACAGCUUCUAGUCAGACUCAGAGGCGCCCGACACGGUAAGGAUAGAGCGCGAAGAAUAUGCAGAAUGAAGUGAUAGCGGAGAACCGAGCGCUCGACACGAUGACAGAAGGCUUUGAAGACGAGAUAGAUUCUGUGACCGCUGCCGUCAGCACUAAAGUUCGCAUUUUAGAGCCGACUCCCGGAGAUCGCCUGGAUUUCAAACUGGCCGUGCUCUCUGGGAGCGAAGAGGAUGAGGUUUCUGAGGUUGAAUCGUUUAUUCUGGACCAGGAAGAUCUGGAUAAUCCAAUGCUUAAAACAGCCUCUGAAUUAUUGUUGUCAAGUGCUGCAGAUGGAACAGAUCUACGAACAGUCGAUCCAGAAACACAGGCGAGAUUGGAAGCCUUGCUAGAAGCAGCAGGAAUUGGUAAAUUAUCCACUGCUGAUGGUAAAGCCUUCGCAGAUCCCGAAGUACUCCGAAGACUGACUUCUUCUGUUAGCUGUGCGUUGGAUGAAGCUGCUGCUGCCUUGACCCGGAUGAGAGCAGAGAAUACUCUAAAUGCAGGACAAGCAGACAACCGAAGCCUGGCAGAAGCAUGCUCAGAUGGCGAUGUAAAUGCUGUCCGAAAACUACUCGAUGAAGGUCGAAGUGUAAAUGAACAUACAGAAGAGGGUGAGAGUUUGCUGUGUUUGGCAUGUUCAGCUGGUUACUAUGAACUUGCACAAGUUCUACUAGCUGUGCACGCUAAUGUUGAAGAUCGGGGCAUCAAAGGAGAUAUAACCCCAUUGAUGGCAGCUGCCAGUGGAGGCUAUGUAGACAUAGUAAAAUUGCUGUUGGCCCAUGACGCUGAUGUAAAUGCUCAGUCUUCAACAGGAAACACAGCACUCACAUAUGCCUGUGCAGGAGGGUUUGUUGAUGUUGUAAAAGUACUUCUGAAAGCAGGAGCCAAUAUUGAGGAUCACAAUGAAAAUGGUCAUACACCUCUGAUGGAAGCAGCAAGUGCUGGCCAUGUUGAAGUUGCUCGGGUGCUUUUAGAAUAUGGCGCUGGAAUCAAUACUCAUUCAAAUGAGUUCAAGGAAAGUGCACUUACAUUGGCAUGUUACAAAGGUCAUUUGGAAAUGGUGCGGUUUCUUCUUGAUGCUGGUGCUGAUCAGGAACACAAAACUGAUGAGAUGCAUACAGCUUUAAUGGAGGCAUGUAUGGAUGGCCAUGUUGAAGUAGCUCGGCUUCUUUUGGAUAGUGGUGCUCAAGUAAACAUGCCAGCUGAUUCUUUUGAGUCGCCAUUGACUCUUGCUGCUUGUGGUGGUCAUGUGGAACUCGCGGCUUUGCUCAUAGAAAGAGGAGCCAACCUUGAAGAAGUAAAUGAUGAAGGAUAUACACCAUUAAUGGAAGCAUCACGAGAAGGUCAUGAGGAAAUGGUAGCUUUGCUGCUUGCUCAGGGAGCCAAUAUAAAUGCGCAGACAGAAGAAACCCAGGAAACGGCACUAACACUAGCUUGCUGUGGCGGAUUCUUGGAAGUUGCAGAUUUUUUAAUAAAGGCGGGAGCUGACAUUGAAUUGGGCUGCUCUACGCCAUUGAUGGAGGCUGCUCAAGAAGGUCAUCUUGAAUUGGUCAAGUAUUUACUUGCGUCAGGGGCGAAUGUGCAUGCCACAACAGCUACAGGGGAUACAGCCUUAACUUAUGCUUGUGAAAAUGGGCAUACUGAUGUUGCUGAUGUUCUUCUGCAAGCAGGAGCUGAUUUGGAACAUGAAUCUGAAGGUGGGAGGACACCACUGAUGAAAGCUGCAAGAGCUGGACAUUUGUGUACAGUACAAUUCCUCAUUAGUAAAGGAGCCAACGUGAACAGAGCUACAGCUAAUAAUGAUCAUACUGUAGUGUCUUUGGCAUGUGCUGGAGGACAUCUUGCUGUUGUUGAACUCCUUUUAGCACAUGGAGCUGAUCCUACACACCGAUUAAAGGAUGGCUCUACAAUGCUCAUAGAAGCUGCUAAAGGAGGGCAUACAAAUGUAGUGUCAUACUUGUUAGACUAUCCAAACAACAUCUUGCCUGUACCAGGCCCCGAUGUGGCUCAGCUCACACCACCUUCUCAUGAUCAGUCUCAGGCUCCCAGGGUACCAGUACAAGCUCUCGCCAUGGUAGUUCCACCCCAAGAGCCUGAUCAAUCUCCAGCAAAUGUUGGAGCUUCUCUUUCUGUAAUUAAUAAAGGUACAUCCAAGCAGAAGUCCAGUCCCCUGCAGGUAGCGGAACAGGAUGUCCAGCCCUUCCACCAGUACCAGCCUUUAGAAUGCAUUGUGGAAGAGACGGAAGGCAAGCUGACAGAGCUGGGACAAAGAAUUAACGCUAUUGAGAAGGCGCAGUUGAAGUCACUAGAAUUGAUUCAGGGAGACACUUUAACCAAAGACAAGAUAGAAGAACUAAAAAAGAGCAGAGAAGAGCAAGUACAGAAGAAGAAAAAGAUUUUGAAAGAGCUGCAAAAGGUUGAAAGGGAAUUGCAGCUGAAAACUCAGCAGCAGUUUACCAAAGAGUACUUGGAAGCCAAGGGUCAACAGCAGACGCUUCAGCUCCAGCAACAACAACAGCAAUGCCCACAUGGAGGACUGUUCUCUCAGGUGGGGACUGGUGAAUGUCUGCCAGAGGAAGACUUUUCAAAGUUGCCUCAGGUGGACACCAUCUUGCACAGAGAUGGCCAGCAGCAGCCACCUGCAACCCAAAUGGGGUUUGUUCCUAUUCAACCUUUAGCAACACAAGUAUCUCCAAACUUUGCUAGUUCUGUUUAUCCUAUCACUAACGUACCUGAUCUACAGCGAGUAAUUGUGAAUCAGCCUUUGUUAGGACAGGCACAACUUGCUGGACUUGGACAGGGACUCUUAGCUCAAGCAUCUGAUGGAUUAAUGGUUGCAACUCCAGCACAGACGCUAACUGACACUCUUGAUGACAUCAUGGCAGCUGUGAGUAAUAGAAUGCCUUCUGGACCGAAUGCUUCUUCCCAUACUACAACCCCCCCUACUCCUCAGCCUCGUACUCAAACUCCAAGUCCAGUUGUUUCUCCUUCUUCAAUGUUGCCCCUUUAUCCUUCAGUUGAAAUUGAUGCCCAAACGGAGAGUAACCAUGAUACAGCAUUAACAUUGGCAUGUGCUGGGGGACAUGAAGAACUUGUAUCAGUAUUAAUAGCUCGUUGUGCUAACAUUGAACACCGGGAUAAAAAAGGCUUUACUCCAUUAAUUUUGGCUGCUACAGCUGGUCAUGUUGGUGUUGUAGAAAUUCUGUUGGACAAAGGUGCUGAUAUUGAAGCACAAUCUGAACGCACCAAGGAUACGCCAUUGUCAUUGGCUUGUUCAGGAGGAAGGCAAGAGGUGGUGGAGCUGUUGUUGGCUCGUGGUGCAAACAAGGAACAUCGGAAUGUUUCAGACUACACACCUCUUAGUCUUGCUGCCUCUGGUGGCUACGUUAACAUCAUUAAAAUCCUUCUGAAUGCUGGAGCAGAAAUUAAUUCCAGGACUGGCAGUAAAUUGGGGAUUUCUCCUUUGAUGUUAGCUGCAAUGAAUGGCCAUGUGGCAUCAGUAAAACUGUUGCUUGAUAUGGGCUCUGACAUCAAUGCCCAGAUUGAGACAAAUAGAAACACUGCCCUCACUCUGGCUUGCUUCCAAGGCCGUGCAGAAGUUGUCAGCCUACUGUUGGAUAGGAAGGCAAAUGUUGAGCACAGAGCAAAGACUGGCCUCACACCCUUAAUGGAAGCUGCCUCUGGAGGGUAUGCAGAAGUGGGGAGGGUUCUGCUUGAUAAAGGUGCUGAUGUUAAUGCACCACCUGUGCCUUCAUCACGUGAUACAGCUUUAACCAUUGCUGCAGAUAAGGGUCACUACAAAUUUUGUGAACUGCUGAUAAACAGAGGGGCUCACAUUGAUGUUCGCAAUAAGAAAGGUAAUACACCUUUAUGGCUGGCUGCCAAUGGCGGGCAUUUUGAUGUGGUCCAGUUAUUGGUCCAGGCUGGUGCUGAUGUGGAUGCAGCAGACAACCGAAAAAUCACACCUCUUAUGGCGGCCUUCCGCAAGGGUCAUGUAAAAGUUGUGCAGUAUUUGGUAAAGGAAGUGAAUCAAUUUCCAUCUGAUAUUGAGUGCAUGAGAUAUAUAGCAACAAUAACUGACAAGGAGCUGCUUAAGAAAUGCCACCAAUGCAUGGAAACAAUAGUUAAAGCAAAGGACCAGCAAGCUGCUGAAGCAAACAAGAAUGCAAGCAUUCUGCUGAAGGAGCUAGAUCUGGAGAAGUCAAGAGAAGAAAGCCGAAAAUUAGCUCUUGCUGCAAAAAGGGAGAAACGAAAGGAGAAAAGGAAGAAGAAGAAAGAAGAACAAAAGCGGAAGCAGGAGGAAGAAGAGGCCAGAGUUAAGGAGAGUUCAGAAAAACAGCAAACUCCUGAAAAGGAUAGAUUUGAAGAUGAAGAAGUUGUGCCUAUUGAACCACCCAGUGCAACGACAACUACAACCAUUGGUAUUUCUGCAACUUCAGCCACCUUUACUAGUGCUUAUGGGAAAAAGAGAGCUAAUGUGGUAACAACACCAAGUACUAACAGGAAGAACAAGAAAAACAAAACUAAGGAUUCCUCUCAGAGUGUGCAAAUAAUUCUAGAAGAUCAGCACAUGUCUAUAGCCCAACAGAAGGCAGAUAAAAAUAAAAUAAAUGGAGAACCGAGAGGUGGUGGUGCAGGAGGGAACAGUGAUUCUGAUAACGUUGACAGUACAGACUGCAAUAGUGAGUGCAGUAGUGGUGGUAAAAGCCAAGAGCUCAAUGUAAUUGCUGAUUUCCAUAACUUCAGUGAGCAGAAGUUAUAUCCUACAAGAAGUGAAAAGCCUAGCGCUUCCUUCUCAGAAACUCCAAAUCAUGCAAGAUUGCAUGAUGGUGCCAGUGAAAUGAAUUCCAACUCUUUAUCUACAACUCACAAGUCCACUUCACUGCCAGUGUCCUCUCCAAAUGGAAAGAUAAAUUUAACAAGUCCAAAACGAGGUCAAAAGAGGGAAGAUGGUUGGAAGGAAGUUGUACGAAGAGUUGCUUUAACCAGGUCAAAGAAAUUAUCUGUGCCUGCAUCGGUUGUAUCAAGGAUAAUGGGAAGAGGGGGAUGUAAUAUAACUGCUAUCCAAGAUGUUACUGGUGCACACAUUGAUGUUGACAAGCAAAAAGACAAAAAUGGAGAAAGAAUGAUCACGAUAAGAGGAGGCACAGAAUCAACGAGACAUGCAGUGCAGCUGAUUAAUGCACUAAUUCAGGAUCCUGCAAAGGAACUGGAGGAUUUGAUUCCCCGGAAUCAUAUCAAAAGUGUCAUGGCCAACACAAGAAUGGGGUCUACAGCUGCCACCAGUACAGCUAGCACUACAACUGCAGGAAACAGAAUAACCGUUUCAAUGAUGUCGUCAUCUUCAACAUCUUCUCUGGCUACACCAUCAUCCACAUCAUUACAAUCCAUUAACAAAUCUGGUAAAAAUAUCGUAUCAAACAACAUGCGUCCUACAUUUUCAGUUUCACUUCCUUUGGCAUAUUCACAUCCACAGUUAGCACAUGCUUUGCUUGCUGCACAAACCAUCCAGCAGAUUCGGCACCCACGAUUACCCAUGGCACAUUUUGGAGGAACCUUCUCUCCAUCGCCAAAUACUUGGGGUCCAUUCCCAGUAAGACCUGUAAGUCCUGGAAGUGCCAAUAGUUCACCAAAACAUAAUACGGCUCGUCUCACAAACCAGGCUGGCAGCGCUGCUCACGCUGAGAGUGGAAGUUCAGCUUCAAUCAACUCACCUUCUGUGGCUGUGAGUUCUCCAACUUUCACUACCCAGUCUCUGUGUGUAACAAGCAGUCCAACUCCAUCAGCUAGAAAACAACUUUUCACCUCGGUCAAUAAAACUAACACCAUGAUAACUGUAACUUCGGCUGUGACAAGCAGUUCUUGUCCACUGCCUACAAGUUCAACUGUAUCAGUGAGCAAUGGGCAACCACCUACUCCACCGCCGCCGCCACCACCACUCGCUGCACAGCCUUCUCAACAGUUUAUAUCGUUGACUAAGAAUGAAUCAUUUGCCACUUCCACGUCAAAGGAAGAGGUGACCACCGCAGAUCAACCAGCAGGGAGCCAAUGCGCACUUUCAAAUGUCUGCAGCAGCUCUUCAAUCAGCAGUAGUUCUGGAGCUAUAGGAAUACAACCAACUUCAUCACUUCCCAGCAUUCUGCCACAAAUUCCAAGCCGUAGCUCCUCAGAUAUUCGACCCACUUUGCCGAAGCCUUAUAUUUCAAAUCCAGAUCCUGGAUUAGUGGUCCCAAGCAGCCUAGCAUCUACUCGCCCUGUGACUAUGUCAGCUUGCCCUAAUGUUCAGACCAACAACACUUUACCUCAGUUAGCUGCAGUCUCUCCUCAAGUAUCACACAGAAUUCAACCUGGUGCUCCUUUCUAUCCCCUGGUUCAGCAAGAGCCACAAUCUGUUUUUGUCCCAAACCCAGUUCCGAUGGUUUCUACUCAAGAUCCAAUGAAGCAGCAUGGUGUACCUUCUAUGCAGCUUUCAUCUGCACUUGGCAUGCUGAAUGUUUCGCAGAUUCAUGCAAACCCAGGAAGCAAAUCCUUACCCCCAAAUUUUGGCUCAGCGGCACUCUUCAGCCCUUUCAACAGUUUCUUUGACAAUACCCAGAUGUCAGCAAAUCACGUGUGGGGAAGUUGUCCACUGCCUUCACGGCCAACCCAAGACCCAACAUUCAGUGGACAUUCUAACUACAUAAGCAGUUCUGUUCUUGGACAGUUAGAUGGAGUGCUUCCCCAUGAUAAUUCCAAGGCUCCUGGUUUCAGGCCACCUUCGCAAAGAGUGACUUCAAGCCCAACAGGAAUGUCUGCUAUGGACCCAUCAGGCAAUGCCAUUUCUUCCUCUUCCACCCCAAUGACGAGUUUUGCUCCAAGUAUGGCUGGAAGUCAGGUGUAUGUACAAGGACCAGCCCCUGUAGGAAUGCCUGCUCCUAGCUUCAGCAGACAACAUUUUUCCCCACACCCUUGGAGUUCAACAACUGCUCCAGCUACAUGUGAAUCCCCUCCAUCGGUUUCUUCUGGAGCCUCUUCACCCUUAUCUGCUGCUUCUGCACCUCCUUCCUUGGGCCAACCAAAAUCAAGUAAUGCAAACCAGGAUCGGAAGGUACCACCUCCUAUUGGAACCGAGAGAUCAGCUCGCAUUAGGCAGACUGGCUCCAUGACACCACUUUCCACCAUGAUGGGUGGUAACCUGACAACACCUGUAGGACAAGGAGGGAUCUGGUCCUUUGGUGUUAGCAAUAAUUCAGACGGAAUAUCUGGCUGGUCCCAAGGUGUGAUGGGUGGUCAUUUAAUGCAUCAGUCUAUUUCAGACCCAGCUUCAUUUUCUCAACAUCAGUCAUUGGAAAGAGAUGAUACUGGAAUUGUGGCACCUUCAAACACAUUCCAUCAGCCAGUGCCAAGCAAUUUCAUGGAUUAUAACAAGCAGGGCUUGCCACUUUCCAUGUAUGGGAAUGCCAUGAUCCCUCCACAUCCACAGUUGGCUGAUGGCCCGGGGGCACCUCUUUAUAAUGGACUUCAUGCUACAGAUCCUGCCUGGAAUCCUAUGAUAAAAGUUGUCACAAACUCCUCCGAGAAUGCUGACCCCCAGCAGGUGUGGCCUGGAACCUGGGCGCCACAUAUUGGCAAUGUGCAUCUGAACCAUGUCAACUAGAAGACGCAAGCAUGCCCACAAAUUCCUGAGGUGUCUUUCUGAGAUUGAAACUAAAUUGAUCUGGGAAGAAAUUAACAGGACAAAACUUUUCUGAUGUGCCUAACUGAAAUUCUGUGGGCUGUUAUGCAUGAACUUAAUUGAUUUACCACUGUCUAUGAACAAAGUGAUCGCCUGCAUAGCAGGUUCGGUUCUCUGGUUAGUUUAGCCAUUUUGACUUAAGAUUUGGGACAGACUAUUCUUGUGCUGCUGGCUAAACAGUACUGUAAACUGCUUGUAUGCAGCCGAGGACUAGAUAAUUAUGUGAAUUAAUCCAGAUGUUUUAGAGUGGUAAAUACAUGUAUAAUUGUUUACAUACUAAAAAGGGUUAAAACAAGAGUAAAUUUCAUGUCGUAUAGUGGCUCUACUUUAUGUAGCCUGUAUUAAUGUGAAAUAUUUACCUUAAUAUUCAAUAAAAAUGAACAGUA